UCCCCAGUUUCUCUCAAGUAGCCUACCCUUAACUCAAUAAAAUUCAAACUACCGCAAAUGACCUUUAACUAUAAAAGACGUAUCAGACAGCAUGUUGCAUACAAGUUGCAAUGUAUUAGGAAGAAAGCAUUUGGCCUGAUCGUGUGAUUUCUGUUGUCUACUUCACGGCGCAGUGCUUGCAUCCUCGCAUAAUUAUAGUGUGCAUCGGACUUUAUUGACGGGCCAAACAACAAAUCAUAGCAGUAACUGUACAAUUCAAGCCGCUUGCUUUCUAAGACAGCUACCCCGAAUAUUGACAGGUGUUACCAUCGGACGAAUAGGCUAGAUGUCUCACUCGAGAAAAAGUGGGGAAUCACGACAGUCCGAAUCGGCAUAGGCUACUGUACACCGGGAACGGUGUAACAUUACAGCCAGUCACGAGGACACAAGGGAGAUGACGUCACGAUUUACCGGGGGAACAAUCGGAGGGAGAGAGCGCCACUGAGCAGGCUGCAGGCAGGCCACCUCAAUGGACUCACUGGUAGCUAAUGCAUUAAGCUAGCAUAGUCCAGCCUCACGGAUCUGCCUGUUGUGUCCAGCGUUGCUCAUAAUUUACCGUUUCCCUAUGCAUGUAGACAUUUGUGCUGAAUUAAAUGCCGCGUAGACUAGUCAGUAAGCGCUGAAAACUCUCAUCUGCACCAAAUCGCUCAACUCUGUGUCGCAGAACUUUUGUUAAGUAGAUCAUCUGGGCUGUCUCAAAACUGAAUGGAAUAACAUGAAAAGCCUAAAAGCAAAGUUCAGGAAAAGUGAUGCCCAUGAAUGGAGUAAGAACGACGAGCGGCUCCUCAGCGCAGUGGAGCAUGGGGAGGCGGAUAAAGUGGCGUCCCUCCUGGCAAAGAAGGGGGCCAGUGCAGUCAAGCUGGAUGCAGAGGGCAAGUCAGCCUUGCACGUGGCUGCCCUGAGGGGUCAGGUGGAGUGCCUGGCUGUGAUUCUGGCCCACGGAGUGGACGUCUCAGUAAUUGAUGCUUCAGGUUUUACCGCUUUACACCUUGCUGCCAAAAACAAUCACCAGGACUGUGCCAAAAAAUUGAUACAGAGUAAGAGUGUGGUGGAUGCUCCUGACGGCUCAGGGAAAACAGCUCUGCACCAUGCAGCUGCCUGUGGAAACCUCCCAAUUGUUCAGCUCCUGUGUGAGCACAAGUGUCCAGUGAACCUCAAGGAUGCGGAGGGCUUCACACCACUGCUGUUGUCAGCCAGGCAUGCUCAUGCAGAUGUGUGCGGCACCCUGGUGGAGUGGGGGUCGGAGGUCAACGCUCGCGACAAGAAUGGCAGGACUGCGGUGAUGCUGGCCAGUGAGAGCAGCUGCGUGGCGGCCGUUCAGGUCCUGGUCCAGCGCGGAGCUGACCUCCGGGUCACCGACUCCCUGGGCCACAACGUGCUGCACUACGCCAAGCUCUCUGGCAGCGCCGAGGUCUGGAACGUCCUCAACUCCGCUCUUCAGAGGCUGCAAGCCGACCCAGAGAAGAAGACUCCUCCGAAGACUCCACAGCAUGAUCAAGCUGCUAGGGUAAAUGACGACAGAAGCGCAACCCCUAAAAAACGAAAAGCACCUCCUCCUCCUCCCAUUAGUCCGACGCAGUCGGCAGGGGUCGUGUCCCCUCCCUAUUUUACCCCCACGGAAACGCCGUCCUCCACCAAGAGUGACACACCGAAGAGGUUUAAUUACAAGGAGGACGAGCUCCGUAGCAUGGCACUGAAAGAGGAGAUUGAGAAACUCCAGGAGGAGAAGAGUAUGCUGCUGGAGACCAUUGAAGAUCUGAAGCAGAUUGUGGAGCAGACUGAGCCCAAGGCGGAGCAUGGUCAUGGUGGGAGUGCUGCUGUGGCCCUGGUCGCCACGCUGCAGGCCAAGGUGGCGGCGCUCUCCCUGGAGAACCAGCAGCUCUCGCAGAUCAUCAAGAAACGCCCAGCUCCACAAGGAGAGGAAGGCCAAGACGACUCGCGGCCCAACAGCAUCGACUCCAACGCCUCCUACCACUCCACGCGGGCCGACUUCGAGCACCCAUCGCUCUCGGAGGCGGAGCUGUCCGAGGUGUCUGCCGUCGAGGAGGACCUGAAGGGCGGAGGAGGCGGAGGUAGCGAAGAGGAGCUCCUGCUCCUCAGGGAGACGCUGCACAACGUCCAAUCCAAGCUGCAGACGAGCCAGCUGGAGUACCGGUCGCUGCAGGCCCGUCUGAGCCCCGUCAUGCUGGACGAGGGGCUGCAGGAGAGGAGCAUGCUGGAGAGCGUGGCGGACCUCCAGUCCAAGCUGACCACCGCACAGGAGAAGUACCUGCGGGCCGUGCAGGAGGUGCAGGCGCUCCGUGCCGCAGCGGCGGCGGCGGCGGCUCAGGGCGGGGGCGGCGGUGGAGGCCGACGCGGAAGCGAGCAGGACGACGACGCCAUUAUGCAGAAGGUGCAGAAGCUGAAGAGCUGCCUGGAGCUGGAGGUCAAGGAGCAGAAGGCCAAGCUGGCCGGCGCGCAGGAGCAAGGGGAGCGGGACGCCGCCCGCAUCCGCGACCUGGAGUCCCGCUUGGAGAUCAUCGCCAACCAGGACAGCCACGAGCGAGAGAGCCACGGCACCCUGCUGGAGAAAGUCAAGAAGGAGAAAGCGCUGAUGGUCGAGAAGUACAAGGAGGCGCAGGUGGACGUGAAGAUCCUCCAGGAGGCGAUCAAGGGCAUGGUGCCGGUGGAGGCCGCCGCCAAGGACUUCGAGGCCUUGAAGGUGGAGACGGGCGAGGUGAUCGAGGGCCUGCAGAGGCGCCUGCGCGAGCUCUCCAAGUCCUACAGCGAGACCAAGAGCGAGCUGAGUGCCGUGCGCGGCCAGCUCAAGACCAGCCAGUCCCCCGAGCCCCCGGAGAAACCCGACUCCCCGACACAAGUCGCCAAGGAGACGCAGCUGCAGGCCGCCAUUCACAAGGCGGAGGAGAGCGAGGCCAAGCAUGCCGAGGCCCUCAAAGAGAUCGACCAGCUCAAGCAGGAGAUGGAGGCUCAGGCCCAGGUGACGGUGGCCCUGGGCGACCACACCCAGGUGGUGUCGUCCCUGGGCAGCGCCAUCAAGGAGCUGGAGGACCAGGUGGACGCGCUGAAGCAGCAGCUAUCCCAGAAGGCCCUGCAGGUGGACGCGCUGCAGAACCGGCUGACGGUGGAGCAGGAGCGCACGCCCGACGACACGGUGCCGCGGCCGGAGCACGAGCGGCUGCGCCAGAAGCUGGAGGCCGAGGCGGCGCACGUCACCCGCCAGCUGCAGGACGCGCUGCGCAAGCAGGACGAGAUGGCGCUGGAGGUGACGGCCGCCUGGCAGGAGGUGAAGGACGGCCGCGCCGAGAGGCAGACACUGGAGGAGGUGGCGGCCAGCAGGCUGCAGGAGAACAAAGCCCUGGGCGCCAAGCAGCGGGAGGCGCAGGACCACAUCAGCCACCUGAAGAAGCAGGUGGAGAACCACGUGGCGUCAGAGAGGGAAAAGAACAAGAAGAUUGACGAUCUAUCGAAGGAGGUGGCGAAGCUGAAGGAGGCACUGAACAGCCUGUCGCAGCUCUCUUACAGUGGCAGCGCCCCCAAGAGGCAGCAGCAGCAACUGCAGCAGCAGCAGCAGCAGCAGCAGAACCAGCAGAACCAGCAGCUGGAGGCCCUGCAGCAACAGGUCAAACAGCUCCAGUACCAGCUCACAGAAUCGAAGAAGCAGCACCACGAGAUUGUGUCUGUCUACAGGAUGCAUCUCCUCUACGCUGUCCAGGGUCAAAUGGAUGAGGACGUGCAGAAGGCUCUGAGGCAGAUCUUGAUGAUGUGCAAAAUGUCAACCGACGCAAAGUGACGCCCGCCGCCAAAGACGUCAAAGAUGUUGUUGUUGUUUCUUUUCUUUUCUUUUCUUUUCUUUUCUUUUUUUCUCGCAACCUGUCUGUGGCCAAAACCAUGAAGGGAGACAAGAGAAUUUGCCAUCUGUGUCUGUCCAUAAUUAAUCCAUUUCAAAUGUGUAGCUCAUCCAUCCAUCCAUCAAAACCACUGAUUAAUCCACUGUUCCUCCCAGUAGGUCAUAGUUAAAUCCAACAUGCUACCCACAAUUUCACUGUAGGUUAGGUUUCACAUGUUAUAUGGCAAAGCAUCAUGGGUACAAAGGGCAUAUCAGACAAUCAGACACAAAGUUUUGCAGCUCACAUCAAAUCAGAUUGUCGUGUUGGCCAUAUUUCAGAGCGUGUAAUGCGUUUAUCAGUGUUAUUUGUUAUGCGAAAGAUAGAAUGUUUGCGGCCAGUACUAUGCAAAGAUUAUUUGGUUAUGGUCCUCCUUUAAUCACAUAAAACAAAAUGCAUGCUUUACAUAAAAAAAAAAAAAAAAAAACAUUUUUCCCAAUGAAUGUGCACCUUCAAAAAGAAAAUGUGUUUCUUCGGAUGAUCGAGGUGGUGGAUUUGAAGCGACCUUAUUGUAUUUUCUUAUAACUGUAAGAAUAUGUGGGCGAAUUGUGCUCUGAUUUCCCAUCUGCAUGCUGUGAAACAUGUGUGACCGAGGAUGCGGUUGAGUUUAGACUCGCAGGCCCUGACCCAGGAUGCGGUUGUGUUUUAGAUUCUCCAGCCCUCACACUCCGUGCUGUGUUUGUAGACUUUUAUAGGUAUUUUGUAAGACCGUUGUACUAACCGCCUUGGACUCGACACCCAUCCGCGUUAUGAAUGCACUUUCCUAGUAAAGCCUCCUCAAUGGGUUGUCCUGUACCGCUAGAGUGAGUGAGUCAGCCUGCCAGAUCCAGGGCACUUUGUGUCCACGUGCCUGGAAGAUAUAGUUCCUUUUGGAAGGAAAAAACAGUAUUGAAUUAGCUAGGUAGUAGUGUGUUUCUUAAUCUAGUGCAUGUUUUGGUGUAACUUAGAUUAUCCUUUUGAGUUGUAUUUUCUACGUGACCCAUCAGAUGCUGUUUGUCUUAAUUGGACAACAGCAUGGUAAUGGAUUAACAUCACAACCCCCUCAAGCCAAUCCAAAAUCAGGGAUAAUAACAUUUCUUGUAAUAUCUUUGGAAAAUGUAUUGAAAUGAAAUGAAGGAUUUUGUUGCUGAGAACAGGAUCGCCAGCCUAACGUGUUAACUGACCCAGGGGGCCUUUUGAACUGUUUUGCUUAUCGUGUCACACAUCACAGGUGAAAUCACCCUCCUUAAUCACCUUAACGUGAUUCUGAUCAGCACAGCAAUCCACAGCUGCACUGCGUGUGGACUUCAAGCUUUAGCGUUGUUAUGACUAAGGGUGCCUGUGGUUAGCGAUGUGUCUGUGUGCGCCAUACUUUGUAUACGGUGGGUGUGAGUGCGUCGUUGUGCCACCCACCUCUAGCCAUACACCUGAGGCAAUGACCUCUCUCAGAACACUAAACCAUGCACUAAAUCGAGAGGGUUCCUGGAAGAGGAUGAAUUGUUUUACAACACUGCCCAUUUGACCCCCUUCUGAAAGCAAUAACCUGCUCUACACAUUGUUUUAGCCAUGACUAUAAGACAGGCAAUGACACUUUGACAUAUAUGUAAUUUCAAGGUUUUAUGUUGCAUCAGAAUUUCCUGUUUUUCCCACUUGUAUUCAUUUUUAAAUGCACUUUGCCAAAAAAAAAAUCCUGACCGACCUACGUUUCACACAUGUCUGUUCAUUUUGUACAUGUGCCAAUCAGCAUUCUGUUUGGCAAAAGGAGCACCUGUUCAUCUGCGGUUAGUUGAAAAUCAUUUCACAGCUCCAUAAUUAUGUUUACUUUGUUACCUCUGGGUAAUUAGUGUUCUGUCAGCAUGUGUGAUCGCUGACAGGUCCUCUCCAGAUGCUCUCGUCUGCUCAUUUCAUUUAAAGCCGUCUUUUCAUGAUGGCACUCUUGCAACACCACUUAACGUGUUCAGCAUAAGACAAGUGGGUUGUAUAAAUAAUGUACUUGAGAAUGAUGAGGCUCGUCAUGUUUUUUUUUUUUUGUAUCAUUCUUUAAUCACUUUUUCAUAGGGAAUGUUUUAAUAUGUUUGUGAUGUGCUUUUUUUUUUGCCCUCUUAUUAAAAAUUUUGAUAAGCUUUGUACUGGUAUUUCACCAUG